AGAUUACCGAGUAGUAUUACGAUCAGAAAACCAGUAUCAAGAGAAAUCUAUUCACUACAAAACUCAAAUUGAGACACUUUUUACUUUAAGCAGCCAAAUAUUUAAAGAAAUUCUUGAUGAUGACCUAGUUAUAGAACAGGUUAUCUAUAAGUUAGUUAAAAGUGAUCCUUUAAUAAUAGCAUAUAAGGACUUUAUGAAAAUAAGAUCAUGUUUGGAUGCUUUAAGUACCAAAAAUGUGGAGUAUGAAAAUAACACUUACUCAAAAAAAAUAACAAUUGUUUCAGGAAUUGAAUUUGUUCAAUUUAUGUAUUAUUUAGAGUUACUUGUUCUUCAGUUGUUUGAAAAACAUAUUGAAUACGAAUCUGAUAUUUUAAUCUAUAUUAAUGAUCAUAUAACAAACAACUAG